AUGAGUUCAAGUCAGGUGAAAAGAGCACAAAAAAGCCUCUUUGCGUGGAGUUUCAAGUGCUACCAGGAGGACGAAUACGAUGGCAUCGCCACAACUGCCGAGGAAACCAAUGGCCAGCCACCGCCAGAGCCCCCCAUUUACGCAUGCAAGUUUGGAGAAGGACCACAGUAUGGGCACAUAUUAGUGCUGGCUAACGAGGAUGGGAAAAUUGGGCUAAGAGACACGAGGCAGAAGGGGAACCAGGCUGCAAUUGAAGCUCAUCAGAUACACAACAAUGCAAUAUUCGAUGUGUGUUGGGUGCCAGGAACUCCGGAACUGGUGUCUGUCUCAGGAGAUCAGACUGCCAUUGUUCUGAGAGUGAAAGAAGAUGGUGCCCUAGAGCCUGUCCUCACGCUGAUGGGACACUCGCGAUCGGUGAAAACUGUUCAUGUUAAUCCCUUUGAUCCAUAUGUGAUAGCAACUGGUGCUCGAGAUGGGAGUGUGAUCAUCUGGGACAAACGGUGUAAACCACAUCAUCGUGCAGACGAAAUAGCCCCUGCCCAUCACAGCCUGACAAACAGAAGUAUUGCUUCUCCUAGCAUGCGCAAAGUUGCCGCAGGGGGAUCAUUGGCUAACAACAGUGUUACAGGAGUUGUGUUUCAGCAGCAGCAUACACUUAUUUCAUCUGGAGCAUCUGAUGGACUGAUCAAGCUGUGGGACCUGAGGAAAACACAUAGUGGAGGGAGGCGAGAACCACAGUGCCAGAGCCUACUAGAACACAGUGGCAAUUCCUCUCAUCGGGGAUUCACCUCCUUGUCUGUAUCGCCAGAGAGAGAUGUUCUUUACACAUCCUGUAUGGACAAUGUAAUCUAUGCCUACCACUUGGCAAACCCAACACCAAGGCCAGUUGCUGAAUAUAGAGGACAUGUAAACCUCACCUACUAUGUUAAGUCUUGCCUGAGUCCAUGUGGGUCAUACCUCUUAAGUGGCUCAAGUGAUAACCAUGCUUACAUUUGGCUCACAGAGAAGCCUGGGAGACCUAUUGCAAGACUUACAGGUCAUUUUGCAGAGGUCACUUCAGUGGGAUGGUGUCCAGUUGAUGAUGAGAAGUUGGUGACAUGUGCAGAUGAUAUGAAGCUUAGGGUCUUCCAGCGAAGAAACACAAACCUAGAUGAUUUUGAUGAAAGAAUGAAGCUUCGAGGACUGGCUGAAGUAUACACCGCAGAACACGCCAAAAGUGACAUUGCAGAGCCCGGUGAAAGCUCGGUGAAUGAACCACAGGAUCCCCUACCUCCCCUGCCCAUCACCCCAAGCACAUCUCGUCUUCCUGCUUCCACAUCAGCCACACCCUCAAGCAUGAGAGGGAGAGAAGGACCGUCUAGCUUGCAGUCUCCUCAAAAUCAUCCAAUGACGCCCAGACAACAAACACCUCAUCAGCGAUCUCGAGGCAGAGGUACGCCUUGCACACCGAAAACAAGCGAGAGGAAUACACUGCUACAUUGGCUAGCAGCCGCAAAGACUCCGGGGCCCCAGGAAUCACCGAGCACUUCAGGAGCUGCACCAGUAAGUGCAAGCAAAAAGGCUGGGUUGAAACGCAAGCUAACUGACCUCAUGGGGGAAGACCAGGAGAAUAUCAGUGGUGAGGACAAGAAAAAGUCCCCUAUUUCCCCCAAGAAGAAUGUGCUGUGUCCAUCCUCUGCACAGAACUUCCCCUGUUCACCCCAGCCAAGCGCGGCCAAGAUGCUCAAAUACGGAGAUGAUGCAAGAGCCUCCUUGAAACAGGAAGGCUGUGAAGGCUUUACAGAAAUGAGUGAAAGUAUCAAGCCCAUAGAAGCCCAGGAUAAAGUAGCCCUUGAUGGAGGAUUCAGGAAGCCCGUGACAAAUGUAGUGAACCGCUCACUGGAAACGGUGAAGGAAGAAGGUACCAGCUGCCCCAAAGAGCAGCUUGCUAAGGCUCCAAAAAUAGCAGAAAAUGCAUUAAAGAUCAAGAGCCAAUUUUCCCCUUCACCCUUCAGAUUUGGGCACCUCUCUUCUCCAACAGCCAACCUGCCCAAUUAUGUGGUGGAUGGCUCCUCGCCUCACAAUCGACCAGAAGUACGAGUGGAGAAGAAAAAGAACACAGACUGGCUAACCUCCUUUAGCCACCAGAGGAAACUGAAAUUUAUGAGAACACCUGACAAAGUUGAGAGAAAGCAUGCCUCGGGGUUCUCUUCUCACGUCAAAAAGAAGGAAAAGAAGGUUCUCCACAUAAAGCAAAAGCAUCAGAAACUUACCCUGUGAGGACAAAUUGGCUAAGUAAGUUCAUACCAAAGUCAUAAGGAGUCAAAUUUUAAUUGUAGCUAUACUCUUGUACCUGAAUUUAUAAAAAAAAAAGGUUUAUUUUUAUUGGUAAAUACUGUUGUACAUAGUUUUCACACAAGGUGAUAUAAAUUGUGGUCUAUAUUGCUUAAAAUGAAGUAUUGUUUGCAUGUUAGUAUGUUAGUCUUGUUUUGAUCUAAUUACACUACUACAUUUGUAUUACACUCAUAAUAGGAUCCGGUUGCUUGUAAUGUAAUAAGAUACAUUUUAUUUCUGCAUUAUACUGUGGCACUCUAUAUUAUGGAUGGUACUUUUAUAUUCCUACAUAUAAGAGAAAAUGUAAAACCUGAGUGAAAA